AUGGCGAAUCUAGCACGUUUUUCUAACAAAGCCCUAAGAACCGCAUACGCCAUAACAAAGCACCACGUGCAAUCGCAACUACCAUCAGCGGAGCGCGCUUUCGCGACGGAGGCAGCGAAAUUGAUUACUCCUUCGCCGGAUCGGGUGAAAUGGGACUACAGAGGACAGAGGAAGAUAAUUCCAUUGGGACAGUGGCUUCCGAAGAUUGCCGUCGAUGCUUAUGUGGCACCUAAUGUGGUUCUCGCCGGUCAGGUUCAUGUCUGGGACGGAGCUUCCGUUUGGCCGGGUUGUGUCCUCCGUGGCGAUCUUAACAAGAUCAGCAUCGGGUUUUGCUCCAAUGUUCAGGAACGGAGUGUUCUUCACGCGGCUUGGUCUUCUCCCACAGGCCUUCCAGCUGAGACUUCGAUUGAGAGAUAUGUGACUAUUGGAGCAUAUAGCCUGUUGAGAUCUUGCACUAUUGAGCCAGAAGUCGUUAUUGGGCAGCACUCCAUCCUUAUGGAAGGUUCUUUGGUGGAGACGCAUGCAAUUCUUGAAGCUGGGUCAGUCGUUCCACCGGGAAGGGUAAUUCCAUCAGGUGAACUUUGGGCAGGUAAUCCAGCCAAGUUUGUUAGGACUUUGACCCACGAAGAAACCUUAGAAAUCCCUAAACUUGCAGUUGCAAUUAAUGAUUUAAGCAGAGAUCAUUACCAUGAGUUCCUUCCGUAUUCCACAGUAUAUUUGGAGGUUGAGAAAUUUAAGAAGUCGUUGGGUAUUUCUGUUUGA